UUUUGAUAAAACGAGAAAAAUGUCCGACCUCUAUUGAAUUUAGGUUUACAUCUUAUUUAAACAGGGCCACCUGCACACUACGAUGGCUGAGGAAGAGGCAACAAACUCCCAGGAUAUGGUAGUUGAACUGACAAUGACGGACCACCCGACGUUCGUUCGGUCGAGUGGAGAAUUUGUUCUGAAGCGAUGUGAUGACCCGGCAUGUCAGUGUGGCAAGGUACACUGUCCGUUCGGCGGUCCGAAUCACUUCAAACCGACACUGCCGGCCCGCGUCCGAGACCAUCUCAACCUGUUCCACUUCAUGCAUGGAGUGCACUACGAAGACAUGCUGAUAGUGAAGUGUUUCCUCGACUGCAACACGACCUUGCCCUCCGGUCACUACCACUGUCCUUACUGCCCCAAGCUGAUCGGAAAGAGACUCGGAUUCUCAAACCACCUCCAGAUGCACAUGGAGAAGAUGGGCAAAGAUGUCAAUCUAAUUCAGUCUCCAGAUUUCAAACAGCCUGAGAAGAUAAUAUUUGAUGGCCUGGAGAUACUGAUCUGCAGUAACCUGUGUGAUGAGGCGCUUGGUAAACACUAUCACUGUCCGCUGUGCUCGCAGAAAAACUUCUCCGAACUCGGGCCCAUGAUGAGUCACCUGUGGCGGUGUAGAGAAGAAACCAGGCACGGCGGACAGCCACAAGUGAAGAAGAAACCCAUGGUGAAGAAAGACCAGAAAUCUGUCACUGCUUCGUUGACGCACCCGUCAAUUGUGAAGUCGCAGAGUGACCUGGCGAUCCAACGCGGUAACGAUGACAAGAAAUAUCGAUGCUCACUGUGUUCUGACGACAAGUACAACCCAGGAAACGAACACCAGCUAGCCGAACACCUGAACACUGUCCACUGGAAGGGACGAAUUGAGGUCAAAGGUAUGUACGUGUUGCCGUGCAACAACACGUGUGAACAGGAGAAGGGAUCUGGCCGGCUGUGCACCCACUACCACUGUCCCUCGUGCUCAGACACCUGGAGAGGCUCCGACAUUCUCCGAUCGCACGUCAGGCUCUGCAAGGGCAAAACCGGCACCCUGAGCACAACGCUGGACCCCAAAACCAGUCGGGAUCUGCCAAAGGAGGCUGCCACGGAAACGGAAGCCCAUGUGGCGUUGAGUCGGAGUUCAGAUGGGGCGGACGAGGUUGAGGCUCUUGGACAACUGGGUCACGUGACUGCGCCCCCCAUCUCGCGGAGGGACAAGGCAAUGGCUGCCAUCAUGGAAUUGGCGGAGUCUUCGGACGAGAUGGAGGCGUUUGACAAAGUGACUGCCGUUGUGUCGAAGAGAAUUAUCAGCAGCCUUCAGCAGAGUGCCAAUGUGGAGGACAUCCUGGACGAUGUUGCUAGGGACACAGGCAUCACGUGGAGCUGGUCGCCGGGGACGAUGGAACCGGUGUACGUGAUGAGCGGAGAUCUGAUAGCGCUCGUCAAAGCCAAGAGAGAACUCAAACAGUUGAAGGAGGUCUAUGAACAGCAGCGGCAGCAGAUUGCCCAGGCUCAGCUGGAGGAGCUGGAGAGAACGGAAGCUAAUGAGGAAGAUCUGGAGGAGGGUUGUGGACACGACCCGGAGGAGGUCCCCGCCUGGUCGGGAAGCCGUAUCCUCCCUAACCCUGAUGAAGAGAUUCCCGGUCAGGUUAUUGGGAGUGAGCAGUUGGAAUCCGACACACCGGGACAGACGUCUAUCCUAGAUUUAGGAUCAGGAACAAUCACCAUAGAGCCAUUGCAGCAACAACAACAUUUCCAGACACCCAGGAAGCAGGACAUGAGCGUUCCUCCCUUGCAGUCUGCUCCACAUCAAUACGGAGUCGGCAACGAAGAUCAGCCGGCGGAAAACGCACAAGUCCAUGUUGAACCAAAACCGUUUGAAAGUGUUUCUGAGGCAAUCCUCUCUGUCGACGAAAUGCUUCGAAAGUCUGAAGAACCAGUACCCGAGGAGGGUUACACUCCAAUGGGUUUCAGUGCCGAUAGAAUGGAUGCUGGUAGAAAUAUGGAGGGAUCGUUUGCCGACACCUUGAUUCAGGCGGCCAGUGCCGAGCUGGUAAUGACCAGACCAGACGGGCUGUCUGUACAAGAUGAGAUGUUGUUGAGGACAGGCACAUCCUUGAAGACGUCCAUGGAACAGAUUGGCCAGGCUCCAAUAUUUGACGAAAGCAAGCCAUUGGUUUCUAACUUGUACGUAGCCGCAGAAGAUGGUGAUGUUGAUUCAGGAGACAAGACUGUGCCAGAGGAAGAAGCUUCUGCUGUGGUUGUUGUGGUGGAAGAGAAACCUGCACCAAAGAAAAGAGGAAGGAAGAGAAAAGGAAGUGUUCCUACUCCGGUACCCGUGGUCAUCAAUAGUCCGUCGAGGUACGCAACCAGGGGAGUGAAGGUGGACUUCUCGUUUUUGCACUCGGGCCGUCGUAAGGAUGAAGUCAAGGUUGAAAGCAGUGAUAGCGAGGCUGAGGAGGUUGCUCCCACUCCUAAAAGACGAGGCAGAGGACGGCCUCCGAAACAGACGCCGACGAACGUGGAGACUGAAGUUGAUGUGUCGGUGAAAACGGAAAAGCGUGGAAGGGGGAGACCGCCUUCAAGAGGCAGAGGCAGACCCCCAGGGUAUAGAGUUACUAAGAAAGAAGAGUCUGAAGAAGAAGAGGAACGAGAAGAAGAAGAAGUAGAGUCUGAUGAUGAGGAAGUAAAUGAUUACGACAGUGAUAAAGACCCCGAGUUCAAAGUGAAGUCUGAGAAGUAUGGAGAAGAGGAGGAGGUAGAAGAAGAAGAAGAAGAGCUACAAGGUGAUGAGAAGGUUGAAAGAAAGCAGAGAAGACUGACAGCCACAGCGUUCAACAUAGCUUCCAUGCCAGUGGUCAAGUUCACCGGAAAGAGAGGAAGCGACGUCGAAAUCGGAGGACAGAAACCGAAACGGAAAUACACCAGGAGGCUGGAGUCAUUCCGGGGCAAGUUGCCAAUAAAACGAAGGGGAAGACGUAGACGUCCCGGGGAACCGAUAACCCAGCCGUUCGAAUCCCUGGUUUGUCUGGACUGUGCAUACAUUGCCGAAACAUUCCAGAGUCUUACGGAUCACUACAUUGUUGAGCACGGUGUCCGUCCGGCUAGGUGUGACAUGUGCGAGAAGUCAUUUGGCAGAUACCAGAAUUUAAUCCACCACCUUGUUAUGAAACAUGGACCUUUCGAUAUGAGUGACGGAAAGGUCUAUCAGUUCCCGGAAGAAAAGAAUAAAAACACUUGCUCAAAGUGCGGCUUUAUUUCCGAAACAUUUGACGGACUGACCGAUCAUCUCAUUCUGAGUCAUCAGGUUCUAGAUACACUCAGGUGUGAUGUGUGUGAAGUUGUCUUCCAGAAAUCCAGAGAGAAGAGCUUCCACAUACAUAAGAUUCAUGGACCAGAGGCCAGGAUGGAAUUUCCGUGUGACAUCUGCGGUUUCAUUCUGGAGACGCGACGCGGCCUGAACUGGCACCGCAGUUACUACCACAGCAUCAGCACGAAGAACAACAAGAACCAGCUGUACUGUGCCAAGUGCGACUUCGAGGCCAAGGACUCCCAGGAGCUGAAGCUCCACAAGAAGACUCACCUUGAGGAAAGGAAGUUCUGUGAUAUCUGUCAGAAGACAUUCUCCAAAUCGACCGAUCUCAAAACGCACAUUCAGGCGGUCCACCUCAAGUCGAAGAGCGUGCCCUGCACCAUCUGCUGCAAAGAGUUCAGCCACUACCGCUACCUGGCAGCUCACAUGGAGUGGCACUCCAACGAGCGCAAGCAUCUCUGCAACAUCUGCGGACGCUGCUUCAAGAAGGCGGCCAUCUUGCGGGAGCACAUAGAGACGCACAAGGUGAUGUCGGAGAGGAACUACAAGUUCCGCUGCACGUACUGCGAGAAGCGGUACUGGGCCCAGGACAAGCUGCUUGACCACAUGAACAAGCACACAGGAGAGAAGCCCCACAUCUGCGACGUGUGCGGGAAAGGGUUCAGCUUCAAGAGCAUGCUCAACAAGCACAAGAUCUACCUGCACACGUCGGAGCGGCCAUUCAAGUGCAGCUGCUGCGAGAAGUCCUUCAAGUUCAAGCAGAUCCUCAAGAAUCACAUGGUCAUCCACACGGGCAAGUCCCGCUUCAUGUGUGACGGUUGCAAGCGGCCAUUCUCCUGCAGCGCCACCUUGAAGACGCACCGACCCAAAUGCAGGGGGGAGAACUCGUAUCCGCCAAAGCGGAAACCGACCCCGAAGCUUCCGACGCAGCACAUCAUGCCUCUGGCCGUCAAACAGGAGACGAUCGAGGUCGCCGUAACCCAGCAACAGCAGACCUUCCCUCAGCUCGUGGAUACCAUUGUCGUGGAGAUGAGCGAUGGCCAGCGAAGUAUCGUUGAUCUGAAUUCUUUGGAAGCGGCGGCACAGAUGGCAGACGCGGACAAUGCGGCGGCUACAGGAAUUUAUCUGUGCAGUGUGUGUAAUGCCAUGUUCGACAGCGUGAAUUCCGCGGAGGAGCAUAUUGCCAUAGAACACAGAGAGACUGACCCCGGUGACGAAUGUCAGGAUCCGACGGGAAACGAGAUCGAGGUGGAUGCGGAGACGGCGGCCAAGAUGCAGCUGCACUUCCAGGAGGUGAUGGAACCCAGCGAGGCAGACGCCAACAUUUCAUCCAUUAUAUCGGAGCUCCAGCAAAAAGUUAAAGCCAAAAUGGAACCUGUUAGUAUACUGCUGCCAAGUCAGUAAAACAGACAGAAGCAGACACCAAUAAAGUUAAAAUGAAACUGUUUGUUUACUGCUGGCAAGUCCGUAGAACAUAGCGAAGCUGAUGCUAAUAUUUCCUCACUUAUAUUGGAGCUCCAACAUAAAACUAAAGUCAGUCUGGAAGUUUAGUGCAUUAUUGACAAGUCGGUUGACCAUAAAGAAGCUGAUGCCAAUACUUCCUCCCAUUAUAUCAAAAUGGAACCUGCUAAGUCAGUAGAACCUAGAAAGGUGGACUCCAACAUUCCCUCCCAUUAUAUCAAAGCACCAACAUGAAGUUAAAGCCAAACUGUUGGUAUCCUGCUGCCAAGUCAGUAGAACAAGAGAAGUUAACUCCCAACAUAUCAUCUAUUAUAUCAAAGCUACAACAUAAAAUUAAUGCCAAACUGUUUGUUUACUGCUGGCAAGUCAGAAGAACAUAUUAAAGCUGAUGCCAACAUUUCCUCCAUUAUAUCAGAGCUCUAACGUGAAGUUAAAGUCAAACCUUGAACCUAUUGGUAUAUUGUAGCAAAAUUAACAGAACCUAGAAAAGCCGACUCCCAACAUUUCCUCCAUUGUAUUGGAGCUCCAACAUAAAGUUAAUGCCAAACUGUUUGUUUACUGCUGGCAAGUCAAUAGAAUAUAGCGAAACUGGUGCCAAUGUUUCCUCCAUUAUAUCAGAGCUCUUACAUAAAAUUAAAGUCAAACUUGAACAUAUUAUAUAGUAUACCAUUGCCAAGACAGUAGAACCAAGAGAAGUUGACUCCAAUAUUUCCUCCCAGUAUAUGAAAGCUCCAACAUAAAUUUAAAGAUAAAAUGGAACGUGUUAGUAUCCUGCUGCCAAGUCAUUAUUAGAACAUAGAGAAGUUGAUGCCAAUAUACACACAUGUAUGUUUCCUCCCAUUACAUCAGAGCUCCAACAUAAAGUUAAAGACAAAAUGGAACGAGUUAGUAUCCUGCUGCCAAGUCAUUAGAACAUAGAGAAGCUGAUGCCAAUAUACGUAUGUUUCCUCCCAUUACAUCAGAGCUCCAACAUAAAGUUAAAGACAAAAUGGAACGUGUUAGUAUCCUGCUGCCAAGUCAUUAGAAAUUGAGAAACUGAUGCCAAUAUACAUAUAUUUCCUCCCAUUAUAUCAGAGCUCCAGCAUGAAUUUAAAAACUAAUUGUUUAUAUACUGUUGGCAACAUAAGUUUAAAAAAAAGACUUAAUUGAAACCUGUUAGCAUACUGCUGCUAAGUCGGUGGAAGCUGUUGGUAUGCUGUUGCUAAGUCAGUGGAAGUUGUUGGUAUGCUACUGCCAAGUCAACAGAGCUGUUUAACGGUCUAGUCUGACUGCAGUCGAAUCUAGUCAUUACCAUGAUCACUAAAUAACCAAAAUAGUUUUUCGUGGGUUGUUUUGAACACAGGACAGACUGAAAAAAUAGUGUUUUCCAUUACAUUUGUAUUCUUGUACCUUGGCCAAAUGUUAAGAUUUCUUGUAUACAAGACAAAUCUAAUGGAUUAAUUG